AUGUUGAUUGAAGUAGAUGUGGAGAUUAAAGAAAAUGAGGUGGUAAGAAAAGAGGUCAUAGGCGAAGAAGGAGUAGUCAAAGAAAAAGUUGCUACACCUAAACCAGCGGUUAGACUUCCUUUCCCCACAAGGAAUAAGAAGAAAGAACAACAUGAGAAAAACUUCGAAAAGUUUUUAGAGAUGUUCAAGAAACUUGAGCUAAAUAUCCCAUUCUUAGAGGCAUUGGAGCAAAUGCCUACCUGUGCGAAGUUCAUGAAGGAUAUCAUUUCAAAGAAGCGAACAAUCGACGGUGACCCGAUUAUUCUAACUGAAACUUGUAGUGCUAUUUUGCAGGGAAUGAAGAUCCCAGUUAAAAAGAGAGAUCGAGGUUCGAUAACGAUUCCAUGCACAAUUGGUGAUAGAUCUUUCAAGAAAGCUUUGAUCGAUUUAGGGGCAAGUGUGAGUCUUAUGCCUUUAUCCAUUUACAAAAGAUUGGGAAUAGGUAAAGUACAAGAUACUCGUAUGACACUUCAGUUUGCGGAUCAAUCCGUUAAAAGACCCUACGGAGUGGUAGAAGAUGUGUUGGUGAAAAUCGACAAAAAAUUCUUUUACAACACGGAAGCUACCUUUGGAAAGAGUUCUGAGUCUAUCAAUCUUCGAAGAGGAGGAAAUAAUUGA